AUGAUUCAACCUCAAAGCCAUUUGAAUGUAGCGGAUAACAGCGGGGCCCGAGAAUUAAUGUGUAUUAGAAUCAUAGGAGCUAGUAAUCGCCGAUAUGCUCAUAUCGGUGACAUUAUUGUUGCUGUGAUCAAGGAAGCAUUACCAAACACACCUCUAGAAAGAUCAGAGGUGAUCAGAGCUGUAAUUGUACGUACUUGUAAAGAACUUAAACGUGACAACGGUAUGAUAAUACGAUAUGAUGAUAAUGCUGCAGUUGUGAUUGAUCAAGAAGGAAAUCCAAAAGGAACUCGAGUUUUUGGUGCGAUUGCCCGAGAAUUGAGACAGUUAAAUUUCACUAAAAUAGUUUCAUUAGCACCUGAGGUAUUAUAA